AUGAUGCUAGAACAAUUACUAGUUAGAAUAUCUAUUGAAUGCAGUUUUACUAUAAUUCUUGUGCCACAAUCUAAGAGAAAAUCAACCAUGAACAAGUUACUUUUAAAUAUUCUGACUAAUUGCGUCCUGUUUGCACUCAUAUCGUGCAUGAACUGUGCCUUCACUUCAACAGGCCUGGAUACACCACUAGGCACUAAUUCAACGAGUUCAAACACAACUAAUUCUCAAAACAUCACACUAGUUCCUUCAGCCACAACGGGAACGGGAAUGAAUGGGACCGGUACGACUGCACCAGGAAUGCCGGGACAGGGAAUGCCGGGAACAGUAAUGCCGGGACAGGGAAUGCCGGGACAGGGAAUGCCGGGACAGGGAAUACCGGGAACAGGAAUGCCAGCAACACCGGCAAUGGGAAUGAAUGGAACCGCUGGAUCACCUACUCCUAACCCUAGAAACAACUCUAUGGCAGACAACCCAAGGGCUAACAACUCAACCGGAAUGAACUCAACGGCAAAUAAAGAUGGGACUAAUGGUCAGCAAACAACUGGUCAACAAACUAAUGGCCAACAAACUGAUGGUCAAAAAACUAAUGGUACACAAACUAAUGGUCAACAAACUAUUAACGGUACCUCUACUAAUCAAGGUGCUAGCUCAGAUAGAUCAAUGACUGGCAAUUCUACUUCAACCACAUCUCCAAAUACGGGCUCGUCGACCGUCGCAGCACUCGCUUCAAUGACAUCCAUUGUAGUCUCAGUUUUGGGCGCCGGCGUAACCGUAACGGUGGCUGCGCGGGACGCUAGGACUACAGUCGCCCACAUUGACAGCACCGGCAGUGGUCUGUUGUCGCCACUGAUAGUCGGGCGAGACUCGGGCCAAAUUGGCGCCUAUAUUACGGCCGUCUUUAAGCCACAAGCAAUCGCCGGCUGCGGCCGACACCCGAUCGCCGGUCACCACACACUCCAACACAAAGGGUUGGCCCUCGCGUACGGCCAAACUCUGGGGCUCAGCCGAGAAUCGGCGACCAGUUUGUGUCGUGGGUUCAGUUAUGGUAGCAAUUGUCGCCACAUUGCUGGCCAAAGCCUGCGCGGCCGCAACCUGAGUGGCGAUCACUUCCUGAAGCCAUUGGCGCACAAUGUUGAGUGCCGUCGUGUCCAACCAGACUCGCUCAGCCGCAGCCGGGUUUACGGCACCGAUAUAUAUGUCAAGUCGUUGCGCGCCAGUAGUCGGGAUCUGAUCCAACCAUACGCUGAUUGA